CAUACACACACACACUCGCUAAAGCAGAGCUGCCUUCAACAACACCAACACAUCCCCGCUUCCAUUGCAUCCCUGCACACAAUUACACAUCUGACCCCAAUAUUAAACACACUCCAACAUGGAAAGCGGGUCUAUUUCCAGACAGCGCGAGGAUGGUGAAAUGCCAGAUUCAUCUACGACCGAGGGACCUUCUCAGGAAGCACCUCAAAGUGAGAUCCCUGAAGUCUCGUUGUGUCCUCCAGACAGUGACAGCACAGACUCUCAGAUGUGUCCGGUCGAGAUAGAGGAAAACCAAUCCAAGAGCAGCAGUCCAUUCAACUCACACUCCUCGACUCAACUCGAGCGUCGAGUGUCACAGGGCUCUGCCUAUCAUUCACCCCCACACAAAAAAUGCCCCUGCUGUGGCCACCAGCAGUCCAGUCAAAGCAAUGUCUGUCCAGGUCAAAUGAAUGCGCUCCAUCAAGCAGACUGUGCAGUGAGUCCUGUUAAGACUCUCUAUAGCUGCAGUCCAUCCCGCCUGCCUUCGUGUCAUACUAAAAUGCAGUGCCACUGGCUUCAUGGAUCUCAUGAUGGCAGCAACCACAAGCCCGUACAGCAUCACAUGGUGACAGUGAGUAGGAACGAUGGCCUGCACAGGAUACCAAGGAGCUAUUCCCAGGUCAUAGCGGAGUACCCAAUGACUGUACUCAUCUCAUGUACGCUGGUUCUGUUGGCUUGUUCCCUCGCUGGGAUCUUGACUGGUCCUUUUCCAGACUUUUCAGACCCAUUGUUGGGAUUUGAACCGCGUGGAACAGACAUCAGUGUCCGAUUAGCAACCUGGAUGAGGCUAAAGCAAAACACUGGGCCUGGAAAGCUUCUGUCUCCAGUUCCAUGGCAGCUCACAGAAAAAACUACAACAGGAGAGGACACAGCUAGAUCUGAACCUCAGUUCAGAGAGCGAUCAAGGAGAAUGCUGCACAGGGAUUACGCGGAGCACAAUUUUUUUUGUAAUGCCCCAGGAGAGCGCUAUGCUCAGCUGGUCUUCCGCUCUGGAAACUCUGCCAGUCUCUGGAGUCUAAAGGCUAUUUACUCCAUGUGCCAGAUGGAACAGACACAGAUUCGUUCAGGGACACAGUUUAAUAAACUUUGCCAGGUCAAAUCAAAGUUCUACGGCCCCAUGGUGAAGAAUGAGUGCUGUCCAAGUUGGUCUCUGGGAAACUACUUGGCUGUCCUCAACAAUGUUUCUUCCUGCUUUAGUCUGACUGCACAACAGGUCUCUGAAAGCCUUGGCCUGCUCAGAUUCUGUGCCCCUUACUACCACGAUGGAAGCCUGGUUGAAUCUUGCACUGAGAGGAGUAAGUUUGGCCGCUGUGCAUCCGUCCCACAUCGAUGUAAACUAUCAAGCAUCUUCCAGAUUCUCCAUUACCUCGUGGACAAAGACUUCCUAGGGCCACAGACUGUUGAAUACAAGGUCCCGUCCCUAAAAUACAGCAUUGUAUUUCUACCAAUGGAAAAGGGUGAUUCAUUGAUGAACAUUUAUUUGAACCAUCUAGAGGCUCACAAGCUCACAUACAACAACACCACCAUUACCGGAAUUGAUCUGGGGAUUAAACAAAAACUUUUCAAGUAUUACUUGGCAAGGGACUCCAUCUAUCCUGUUCUUGCAGCUCUUGCACUUUUAAUCACAAUGGGACUGUAUCUGAAAUCCCUAUUUAUAGCAGCGAUGUCGCUGGUUGCUGUCAUAUUAUCACUUUCCACCUCGUAUUUUCUCUACAAAGUUGCAUUCCGCUUGACAUUUUUUCCACUUCUCAAUCUUGCAGCAGUCUUUGUGCUUCUGGGGAGUUCUCUAAAUCAAGCCUUAACUUUCGUUGACUUCUGGAAACUACAGCUAAGCCACAACCCUCCAGCUGUACCCGAGAAGAGAAUGAACCGGGUUUUACAGGAAAUGGGAUACUUGAUAAUAGUGUCAGGUCUGACAUCUAGCAUCACAUUUUACUCGGGCUACAUAAGCAGCAUUACCGCCGUCAGAUGCUACGCUGUUUAUCUUGGCAGUGCCUCAUUAAUCAAUACAAUAUUUGCUCUUGUUUGGCUUCCGUGCACCCUGAUUUUGCAAGAACGCUACGCUGUGCUGUCUUCAAAUACUGUCGGAAAAGCAGCAUGGAAGCCUUGCUGCUCGAAAAAUGCAGGUGUAUUCUGGGAGACAAGUUCGAGAAAGCGCUGUCUGUUUACCUUUAGACAGAAGCUUCGGACGUUGGGUCGAGGGUUUUCAGACACAUCGAACCUGCUGUUUUUAAAGAUCCUGCCUUGUGGAGUGGUGAAAUUCCGAUAUAUAUGGAUUUGUUGGUUUGCGGUGCUCGCAGCCGGAGGAACAUACAUAUCAUGUGUUGACCCUGGCAUGAAACUGCCAACUUCAGACAGCAGGACAACUCAGCUGUUCCGUUCAAGCCAUCCCUUUGAGAGAUACGAUGCUGAAUAUCGCCACCAGUUCAUGUUUGAGCGAAUGAAAGAGGGCGAAGAUGAACCCAUGACGCUUACUUUAAUAUGGGGCAUUAUUCCAUCAGACAAUGGAGACCAAUUUGAUCCAAAAAGUAAUGGAUCUUUAUCUGUUGAUCCAGGGUUCAAUAUGAGCAGUCUGCAAGGCCAGAUGUGGUUGCGGGAUCUGUGUGUAAAAAUUCAAAACCAGACCUUCUAUUCUCCACUGUCAGCUGAACAAGAUACAGCAGAAGACAACGUGUGUUUUGUUGAACAUCUGAUUCACUGGGUUUCCAUACGUCGCUGUUCUGAAAGCGAGGAUGCAUUUAGCUUCUGCUGCAAUAAUAUUCCCUUUCCUUACCCACCAAGUGUUUUUGAGCAGUGCCUUAGCAUGAUGGUGGCAGAGCAGCAUGCAGAGGGGCGCUUAUCCAGUGCUGGAGGCUUACGGUUUGAUUCAGAGGGUCGAAUCACUGCUCUUGUGAUAAUAUUCAAGACUGUUCAACUUUAUAGCUUCAACUACAGCAGAAUGUCACAGUUUUACCAAGAGAUCUUAUCCUGGUUUAAUAAAGAAAUCUCUAAAGCUCCAGCUGGACUUCAGAGAGGAUGGUUUGUAAGUCAGCUAGGCUUAUAUGAUCUCCAGCAAUGCUUGAGUUCUGAGACUCUGGAGGUGGCAGGUUUUUCAGUAGCUCUAACAUUUGCACUGCUCUUACUUACAACAUGGAAUAUUCCAUUAAGUGUGUACGUGUCCAUUGCGGUGGCAGGAAGUGUGUUUGCUACUGUUGGUCUCCUUGUGUUAUUAGAAUGGCAGUUAAAUGGUGUGGAAGCACUCUUGAUUUCAGCAGCCGCAGGUCUCUCUGUUGACUUUGUAGCCAAUUAUUGCAUUUCAUACAGCCUGGCCCCACACAGCGACAGACUUGGCAGAGUUGCACAUUCCCUCAAGAGAAUGGGUUGCCCGGUAGCUACAGGUGCUGGGGCGUAUUUUUGUGUGGGCAUUAUUAUGUUACCGGCAACUGCAUUGCUUUUCAGAAAGCUUGGGAUCUUCCUCCUGCUUGUAAAGUGUGUUGCUUGUGGCUUUGCUACGUUUUUCUUCCAGUCGUUGUGCUGCUUCUUUGGCCCCCAGAAUAACUGUGGGAGAAUAACCCUACCUUGUGUUACACAGCAGUCCACUGAAAAUAUACUGUCGUCCUGUUCAGCAACAGAACCUGGGACCACCAAUCCUGCAGCUAAUGGGGCAUUCGGCUGUGGCAAAGGUUCUCGGAUUCGAAGAAGUUUCAAUAAAGAAAACGAAGACUUCCUUUGCCCCAAUCAACAGCAUCACAGAAAGCGGCAACUAGUUGGAGGACGGGAGCCAGAACAGUAUGAGCUUCAGCCACUUGCUUGCCAGUUGAGUGACAGCUUCGAGAACAGCACUUGCACCAGCAAGCUGUCCAACAGACCUUCUGUCCUUUCUGAUGACAUUCAAUUCUGUGGCCUUAGUCCAAAGCAAGACUAUGAUCGAGUCAGCAUUGAGGCUGACAGCACAGAAAUGUGUAGCAGGCACCUUAAGGGAUGCAACCCACCUCCAGCGCUCCAGACCUCAUCCCCAUACAAAGAAAACAUGUUGCGUCUUCCACAAGAUGCAUGUAAAGAGAAAGUUUUGUGCAAGAAAUGCAGAGGUCAGUCAAGCGGUGGCCUUCAACUUUGGAACGUGUCUCUAUCGUCUUCCUCUAGCAUGGACGAAAUCAUGAUCACUCAAACUACAGACACUGUCAAUGAAAGGUCACUCUCAAUGGACGACCAUAUACACAAACGACUGUUGUCAUGUCAGUCUCAAAGCUCCAUAGAGGGGCUUGAAGAAUCCAACGACACCUGCUUAACUGAGGUAGAACCUGCUAUUCCUCAAGCUGUUAACAUCGAGGAUGAAUUUCAACCUGGCCACCUUAAUGGCAAGAGGGACACUUUACGUCUGUCCUUGAAGGAGACUGUAUAUGAUCUUGCGUCUCCGGGGUCUGGUAGGGUGAGGACAGCUCAAAGUGAUGUGCCAGUGAUAUUGCCCAACAGCAAACCCGAUAUGCCUGAUGUCUGGAUAAAAAGGGAAGGAAAAGGUGAAGGUGGCAGCUGAUCAAUAUUGUCAACACACUGAGCAAAUCUAAUCCACAGCAUGGCCAGUACUUUCUAUGGUGGGCUGAACAUUUCUACUCAAAUUACACUUCCGAAUCUGUCUGAAAAUGCUUACCAGACAAUGCCUUGCAGACACCAGUUAAUAGUACAGAAUUAUACACAGAAAUUGUUUUUAUAAGCAUGAUUCCUUGCAUGCUCGUGAAUAUAUACACAGAAUGUGCACCUGUAAUAGCCUUUGAAAACAAAAUUCAUCAGAGGCCUUGAACUGCAAACGUACAAACACUUAAUGAACAAUUGUGCCUGUUCUUUUACACAACCAAGCCAUGAGUUUUUCAAGGAAACACCAUCAUUUUUGCAAAGGUCACAAUCAUUGAUUGAUUUCUUUACUCUUUUGUAGACUAUAAAAACAACAAGACAACAAAAAAAAACGUUCUCCAAAUAAUUUUCAGAUAUUGUUUACCUGAAAAGCACUAUUAUUCAUAAUUACAGUAAUUUUACUCUAAACGUAUGCCAGGAACACUUGUCAUAAACACGCUUGCUACUGUGGCUAUAACUGUUCUACACAUGAAUACAUUCUAUCGCAUGUUAUGGUAAAGAUUACCCUUUCAAACCUACUUUUUCAUACAAAAGCUGUACAGAAACAUCAUGUUAUUGCCAGAGACAUAAAAAUACCUCAAGGACUGCCCAUCAGAAUAUACUGUAGGCCAAUUACCACAGUGUGUUUUACUUAGGAUGCUUCAGUGUGUGGAUGUUUCACCAAUGCCCGAGAUUUACAAAUCACUGCAAUAUGACAUUUGAACCCUAUAUAAGACUGUGAGUGUUACCUCUGUUCAGUAUGUAUUUGAAAGAUACGCAUUAAGUAGAAUGCAUUAAGGUUGUAUGUAAAAGUUGUUCUGUGACGUGCUCAAAGAUGUCAUUCCUUUAUGAAACUGGAACAUUAGCAAAAAUCGUUUGCUAGAAAGAACACCCUUUAUAUUUAGAAUUUUUCAGUGUUACUUCAUUAAGGCCAGCGGAUGAAUCAACGCAUCUUAAAAUACAAAGUGCCAAAAUGUAAGAACGAUUUGUGCCAAAAGUUUUGUUCUUUUCUUGAAAUGAUGCAGCUGUAUUAUAAAACCUGCUGGUGUGGAAAUACUGUUGUUGGCAGCCUUCUGUGUAAAGUCAGAUUUGAAGUUGUCUGAAGAUAAACUAUGAUGAAGUUCAAUAAAAGGCAAUUAUUUUUAA